AUGGGGAACGGGAGCGGGGCUGGGAGCGGGACCGGGAGCGGUCGGGGAGCCCCCCCGCCGCCUCCACCCCGCAGCCGCGUCCCGCACCCGGCUCUCCGUUCUCCCCGCGGAGCUCCGCCGGAGCCCGGCCCGCAUUCCUGGCAUAACUCGACUCGACCGCAACCACCCUCCUCCUCCCCAUCACCCCGCUCCAACGGGGAGGAUGAAGCGGCGGCAUCCCACCGUUCUCCCCGCGCUUCAUCGGGCAGUGAAGGCGAAGGGCAAACCGGUGCCCACCGUCACCGCGCCGCCCGGAAGAAGAAGAAGGAGAGCGGUGGUUGGGAGAGCCCGGCGGAUGGCGGCGAUGGCGAGGCCGAAGGCUGCGGGAGGGUGGUCCCCCGUCAUCCGUUGCCCGUGGUGGCCCGUGUCUCCAAGGUGAACAUCCUGCCCUUCGGCAGCCCCGGUGGGUCACGGAGCAGCAGUCGUUAUUCCAGCACGGAGACGCUGAAGGAAGAGGAACAGUUUGGGAUCUGUUGGCCCAACCAAGGACGGACUCUCCAGGCGGGUUACGGCGUCUAUCGAUCACCCAGUUUCGGGACGAGCGAUGGCCUGGCGUGGGGACAGCCGGUGGUCCGCGUCCGUCCCAAGCUGCCGCAGGGCACGGCCAAGGCAAAACCGGACUUUGGGAGCGAGAGCCUGCACCAGCCGGGGCUGGAAGGGGAGCGGGCCAAGCACCGCAAGUCCUUGUCCAACCCCGACAUCGCCACCGAGACCCUGACGCUCCUCAGUUUCCUCAAAUCGGACCUCUCAGAGCUGAAGGUGAAGAAGAAAGGGGUGAGGAUUGGCCUUGACAUGGGCUCUGACGGCUGCUCUGGCAUCUCCAACUCCUCCCCUGGCAGCCGCGGUCCUGCUCAGCCCCCCAACCGCUGGGCGCCGGGCGAGCGGCCAACGCUCAAGGACCUGACGGCCACUUUGCGUCGCGCCAAGUCCUUCACCUGCUCCGAAAAACCAGGGACGCGGCGGCUUUUCCUACAGAGCACCAUGAAGCAGAGCUCCUCCGAGCUCCUCCUGGCCACCGCUGACAGCCAGGACCAGGUGGCUUCCGAUGGGGGACAGCGGAGGGACGAGGAUGCUCUCCCCGUGGUCAUCCAGGACCAGUAUAUCCAGGAGGCGAGGCAGGUCUUUGAGAAGAUCAGCAGGAUGGGUUCCCAGCAGGACUAUGGCUUCACGGCCAAGCAGAAGGACAGUGGAGGUGUGGAGGGCGCCGAGGUGGUGGCACCGACAGGGACGACAGAUGCGACCCUUCGGGGACAGGUGGAGAGCACGCGGUGUUUGAAGGAAGCGGAGUCGGAAGAGAACCUCGCUCGCAGGAAAUCCGUGGAGGAGCUGUCGGGUCACGAGUCGAGCGUGACGGACGAGGGCAUCGUCACGGAGCCAGAGCCCGCGGGGAUGCCCUUCCAAGACCUGCGUGAAGCUGUGGAUGCCUGGACACUGCCCAAUGCCGGGCCAGCAGCUGGUGACACCGAAACGCCACUGCCCGCUCACCCGGCAGCAGCGCUCCCCACCGGCGGGCCCCCCCGGAAAACCCACCCCCCGCCAGCGCCUGCCAUCCUCGCCAAGAGCUGCCCAGCCACCAAGCACGUCCGUCACACCAGUGAGCCCACCACCUUUGUCCCCAUCACCGUCCCCGAGCCGCUUGUCUCCUCCGGCCACCACAACCACCUCCCCGUGCCGGCUGCCAGCCGCUCACCCGGCAAAUCCUUCCCGACCCUCCAACCUCCUUCGCUGCAGGAUGUCACCAAGCGGUACAUGCUGGCCCUCAACUCAGGUGACGCGUCCUCCAGUCCCGGGGAUGGACCCCGCUCUCCGCCCGCUGCCCCUCCGCCCCGGCUGCCCCGGUGCCCACGGCCACCCAAUGAACACGGCCCCAGGACCAAGCCGCAGGUGGACAUGAGGAAACACGUCAUCAUGACGCUGCUGGACACGGAGCAGUCCUACGUGGAGUCCUUGCGCACCUUGAUGCAGGGUUACAUGAAGCCGCUGAAGCAGCCGGAGAACUCGCUGUUGUGUGACCCAUCGCUGGUGGACGAGAUCUUCGACCAGAUCCCCGAGCUGCUGGAGCACCACGAGCAGUUCCUGGAGCAGAUCCACGACUGCGUGCAGAACUGGCACGAGAAGCAGAAAGUGGGAGACCUCCUCGUGCAGUCGUUCUCCAAGGACGUGCUGGUGAACAUCUACUCUGCCUACAUCGAUAACUUCCUCAAUGCCAAGGAUGCCGUCAGGAUCGCCAAGGAAGCCCGGCCGGCAUUCAUGAAGUUCCUGGAGCAAAGCAUGCGGGAGAACAAGGAGAAGCAGGCUCUGUCCGACCUGAUGAUCAAGCCGGUGCAGAGGAUCCCACGAUACGAGCUGCUGGUGAAGGACCUGCUGAAGCACACGCCAGAGGACCACCCCGACCACCCUUUCCUUAUCGACGCCCAGCGCAACAUCAAGCAAGUGGCCGAGAGGAUCAACAAGGGCAUGAAGAGCGCGGAAGAGGUGGAGAGGAAUGCCCGGAUCGUGCAGGAGAUUGAGUCCCACAUCGAAGGGAUGGAGGACCUCCAGGCCCCGCUCCGCAGGUUCCUGCGUCAGGAGAUGGUCGUGGAAGUGAAGGCGGUGGGUGGGAAGAAGGACCGCUCCUUCUUCCUCUUCACGGACCUGCUGGUGUGCACGACAUUGAAGCGCAAGUCGGGCUCCCUCCGCCGCAGCUCCAUGAGCCUGUACACGGCGGCCAGCGUGAUCGACACCGCCAGCAAGUACAAACUGCUCUGGAAGCUGCCGCUGGAGGACGUGGACAUCGUCAAAGGUGCCUCGCAAGCCACCAACCGGGAGAGCAUCCAGAAAAGCAUCUGCCGCCUGGAUGAAGACCUCAGCACGUUGGGGCAAGUCAGCAAGCUGUCAGAGACCCUCAGCUUCCCCCACCAGAGCCUGGACGACGUGAUCAAGGACCUGAUGGCCGCCAUCCACCGGGAGCUGGCGGAGAAGCAAUCCCUGUCCUUCAGCAUGGCCUUCCCCCCCAACAAGGUGGAGCUCAGCACCACCAAAGCUGACGGCACCGAGUCCUUCAUCUUUGAGUUCCCCAACCCCGACGCCCGGCUCGGCUUUGAGCAAGCCUUCGAGGAUGCCAAGAAGAAGCUGGCUUCCAGCAAAAACUGCCUGGACCCGGAGUUCCUCAAGGCCAUCCCCAUCAUGAAGACGCGGAGCGGGAUGCAGUUUUCUUGUGCUUCUCCCAGCCACGGCAGCCCGGAAAGCUCCCACGAGGUUUGGGUUUGCAACAGCGAUGGUUACGUGGGGCAGGUUUGUUUGCUCAGCAUCCGUAAGGAGCCCACGGUAGAGGCGUGCAUCGCCGUCUGCUCCGCCAGGAUCCUCUGCAUCGCCUCCCUCUCGGAGCCGGUCGACGGCGGCAACAGGGAGCUCGUGCCCUUCGAUAGCGAUGACACGGAUGACGAGUCCUCGCCCAGUCCCUCGGGGACGCUGCAGAGCCAAGCCAGCCACUCCACCAUCUCCUCCAGCUUCGGGAAUGAAGAGAUACCGAGCUGCAAGGAGGCAACGGCAGAGACGACGAGCUCAGAGGAAGAGCAAGAGCCCGGCUUCAUGCCCAUCACCAGCACCUACGGCCAAAACCGGCAUGGCGAGAGCCCCACAGACGGGCGAGCCCUGCGCCGCUCCAGCCGCGGCUCCUUCACCCGGGGCAGCCUCGAGGACCUCCUCAGCCUUGACCCUGAAGCCCAUCAGAGCUCCAUGUGGUUGGGCACCGAGGAUGGCUGCAUCCAUGUGUACCAGUCCUCGGACAACAUCCGUAACAGGAAGAACAGCAUGAAGAUGCAACAUGCCGCUGCCGUCAUGUGCAUCUUGUACCUGGAUAACCAGGUUUUCGUGUCGUUGGCCAACGGGGAGCUCGUUGCGUACCAGCGGGAGGCAGGCCGCUUCUGGGACCCGCAAAACUCCAAAUCCCUCUCCCUGGGCUCGCCAGGGAGCCCCAUCACCAAGAUGGUGGCGGUGGCGGGGAAGCUCUGGUGCGGCUGCCAAAACCGGGUCAUCGUCCUCAACACCGCCACGCUGGCGCAAGAGCACACGCUCCAGGUGGGACAGGACGGCGGGCGCAGCGUCACCUGCAUGGUGAGCGCAGGGACCGGCGUGUGGGUCGCGCUGCAGAGCAGCGCCCAGGUCCGGCUUUACCACGCCACCAGCUACGAGCAGUUGGCCGAAGCGGAUAUCACCCCCCCGGUACACAAGAUGCUCGCCGGCUCGGAUGCCAUUAUCCGGCAGCACAAGGCAGCCUGCCUGCGGAUCACGGCUCUCCUGGUGUGCAAGGACUUGCUGUGGAUCGGGACCAGCGCCGGCGUGGUGCUGACCCUCGCCGUCUCGGCCAAGGCGGCCCCGGCGUUGGUGGGGCUCUCCCAGGGUCACACGGGCCACGUCCGCUUCCUCACCGCCAUCGAGCUGCCCGACGGCUUCGACGUCCUCUUCCCAUUGUCUCCCCCGGCAAUGAAGAGGAGCGGGAUGCGCUGGUGGCUCUUCACCGUCCUGGGG